AUGAAGGUUGGAUAUUUCAGAGAGACUUGUCGCAGUACCGACUCCUGUCCCUGUGAUAGUCAGAGGAAACAUCACGUGCUGCUCCAUAACACGAGGAAAAAGGAUGAUAAUAAUAACUCUAAUGACAAGAAAUUAACCGAGUAUACAGAGGAAUGCCACAAAUUACAAUGUGAUAAAGAAAAGAAGACCGAACAGUAUGCAACAAUAACAAACACGGCCUCGAAAUUCGUGUUACUUCAUGUAGUUCCUCUGCAAGUAAUAUCUCCUCAGGGAGCAUCGCUGACCACAUAUGCUCUAUUAGACAAUGCCUCACGCGGAACAAUGAUAAGUGCAGAAUUAGCAAAAGAGUUAAAUCUUAAAGGAAGAAAGGAAACAAUUUUGGUGAACACUUUAUUACAGCAAGAACAACAAGAAUUCGAAGUAGUUGAGUUUGAUCUGCGACCCGCUUCAUUGGAAGGAGAGAAAAUUAAGGUCAAAGAGGGUCUGGUGUCCGAGAAGUUUAACAUCGCUAAAAGAUAUUUACCAAAAGAUUUCGACAGAAACCUGUAUCUGCAUUUGGCUGACCUUGACAUACCAGAUGUAACUCUUGGGAAGGUGUCGGUGUUAAUUGGCAAGGACGUGGAAGAAGCACACGAAGUCAUGGAGAUUCGUAAAUCGAAAAAGCCCGGUAGACAACUACAAGGCCAACGAGGCCCUCUGGGAUGGGUCAUAACAGGUACUCUAGAUGGUGAUUCAAUGAAGAAAGACGUAAGCGUUAAUUACAAUGACUGUGAGAAAACAUUGCGUGAACAAAUUGAGAACUUCUGGAGUAUCGAAGGGUAUGGAACAAGAGCCACUGGACAUAAAAGGACAGAAGAUUACCUUCCAAACGGAAGUAUGUCAAAGGGAGACGAACGUGCGCAGAAAAUAUUGGACGAGACGUUCAAAUUGAAAGAUGGUCACUAUGAGACAGGGCUUCUAUGGAAAGAUGAUAACACAAUUUUGCCUGAUAACAAGAAGCAGGCUGAGAAGAGACUAGAAGGCUUGAAACGACGCUUUGAAAGAGAACCCGACCUCGAAACGAAAUAUCGCUCGGUAAUGGAGGACUAUCUCGACAAAGGGUACGCACGUCGCCUUUCACCAGACGAAAUCCAUGAAUCCGGACCAAGAAAAUGGUACCGACCCCAUUUCCCGGUAUUAAACCCAAAUAAACCAGGAAAAGUGAGAAUCGUAUUCGAUGCCGCCGCAGAAUUUGACAACACCUCGCUCAAUAAGAACCUACUACAGGGACCAGACCGCACGAACAGCCUGGUUGGUGUUCUAUUAAGAUUUUGCCAAGAAAGCGUGGGAAUAGCAGCUGAUAUCGAGAGUAUGUUCCACCAAGUUAAGGUUUGCCCGAAAGAUCAAGAUUCACUGAGGUUUUUGUGGUGGCCAGACAACCUUGAAAAACCUCCGGAAGAAUACGUGAUGACAGUCCAUAUUUUUGGUGCAACUGAUUCCCCUUGCGCAGCAAAUUCAGCUCUGAAAAAAACAGCUGAUGAUAACGAGGCAGACUUUGAUCCAGGAACUAUAACUACCGUGAAGAAGAACUUCUAUGUGGACGAUCUUUUAAAGUCCCUAAAUACGACUGCAGAAGCUAUCCAUCGAGCAGAAGAAUUGAUCAAAUUGUGUGAGCUAGGCGGUUUCAACCUGACGAAGUUCAUGAGUAAUGACCGCGACGUACUGUCGUCGAUUGCUGCCGAGAAACGAGCCGAUCCAAAUCUUGACUUCAGCUUGGGUAAACUACCUAUGAAAGGGCUCUUGGCACACGCUCGAAUCUCGAGUCAGAUGAAUUGGGAUUCAAAGUAUCAGAAUUGA